GUAUUUUAAAUGUUUCUUUAAUAUUUUAUAUUUACUAUUUAUUUGUUUUUUUUUUUUUUUUGUUUUGAAAAUCAAUAUUUUCAUUCAGACAUUAGAUACCUUAGAAAUUUUACGGUGAAAAGUAUAAAUGUACAUAUUUUUUGAUCGGAGGACAGACAGACAGGCGAUUAUUGACGAAUGAAUAAAGAAAAUAAACAAAGCAAUUUUAGUUUAUGAGUCUUGAUAGUCAAUAGAAUUGAUAGAUUAUGGAAGAGCAGCCAAAAGAAACUUAUUACGCACUGCAAGUUGCAUUAAAAACUUUAAGCGAGAGAUGUGAGCAGAUGCAAUCCAGAAUUAAAGUACUCGAAGAGGAAAAUCUAGAACUACGUACCAAAUGUCUGAGUGCCACUUCACCCACACUUGAUUCUAUUCCAGAUAGUAUUCAUUCUUUGCAAUCCGAAGUAGUCCAACUAAGACAGAAAAACUUUGAAUUAAAUCAACAAAAAGAACAACUUGCAGCUCACGUCGAAAUAGUGGCCACAGAAAACAAACAAUUGUGGUCACGACUGUCAAAUAUUACAAAAAACCUGAACAGCAAUGAAGAUCAAGAUGCUAAGGGACCAAUGAGCCCAAGUUCACAUCAAAACUUGAUAAGAUCUAAGACAUUCACACAAAAUAAUCCAAAUCCAAAACUUCGUGAAAAAUUUAAACCAAACAUGGAACCUGAGGAUUUGAUAAUUGACGUUGCUACCUUUGCAAUCCCGGACGAUGCGACAAAUGAAGAGUCAUCUGACACUUUUAAAAAAUUAAGAGAAACAUUAUUAGAACUGAAACAAGAGGCCUUAAAACAAAAUAAUAUUUUACACGAAACCCGUACAAACUUACAAGAAGGUAAGGCCUUACAGGUAUGUAAGAAGUGUGCAUCAAGAAGUGCAAUGUCCGAGAUGUGCCAAAAAGAAACGGCAGAUUUCGUUGAUGUUGCUCUCAACACAACGGAUCACAUUGACUUUUUGGAGACUAAAAGGAAAGCAGACGCGAUCAAUUCAAACGACAGAAUUUGUCCAAUGUGUGGAAAAUGCUAUGCGAAAGAUGGUGUUUUCGAAGAAUUCAUGGAACAUGUUGAGACGCAUUUUUUGGAUAUAGAUGACAAUAUGUCGCUAGAAAGUCUAAACAUAGACGAGCCAUUUGGUUUUGGCUCAAAUAUAAUCCAUCAGUUUUAACUUCAUUUUAUUCAAACAAUGUUCAAUUAUUAUUAUUAUUAUUUUUAUUAUUAUUAUUAUUUUCUGCAAAUAAAUCUACUUUUAGC